UAUUUUUCCAGUGCUUUCCUUUUUUAUCUUUUUUCUUUAUGAGAUGGAAGAAGUUGCAUGGUCCAUGGUGCAGACAAUCGGGACCCAUUUCACGGUUAACGGUCUAAACCCAUUUUACGUGCAUGGGUUCAACACCUACUGGCUGAUGGUUUUUGCAGUGGAUGAGUUGAGCCGAGUAAAAGUGAGUGAGGUGUUUCAACAGGCUUCGGCUGUGGGCCUUUCGGUUUGCAGGACAUGGGCUUUCAACGAUGGCCAGUGGCGGGCCCUUCAGAAAUCGCCUUCCGUUUAUGACGAACAAGUUUUCAAGGGCCUUGAUUUUGUCAUAAGCGAAGCGAAAAAGUACCGAAUAAGACUCAUAUUGUCGCUAGCCAACAACUGGGAAGCGUACGGCGGAAAACCGCAGUACGUGAAAUGGGGCAAAUCCGCUGGUCUCGGUUUAACAUCCGAUGAUGAUUUCUUCUCUCACCCGACUUUAAAGAGCUAUUACAAGUCUCAUACAGUGCUGAACAGAGUUAACUCUAUAACGAACAUAGCCUACAAAGAAGACCCGACUAUUUUUGCUUGGGAACUGAUAAACGAGCCACGUUGUGAAUCGGAUCCCUCUGGAAAUAAGCUGCAGGGUUGGAUAGAAGAAAUGGCAGUCUAUGUGAAAAGUAUUGAUCCCAAGCAUUUGGUGGGGAUUGGGCUUGAAGGCUUCUAUGGUCCUUCAACUCCCGACAAAGUUCGACACAACCCAAAUACUUAUGCUCAGCAAGUUGGUACCGAUUUCAUCCGAAAUCACCAAGUUAUUGGGAUUGAUUUUGCUUCUGUUCACAUCUAUCCAGAGUCUUGGAUUUCUCAAUCAACAACGAAUGAACAUGUCGAAUUCACAAAAUCAUGGAUGCAAGCUCACAUUAAUGAUGGCGAGACGUCCCUUCACAUGCCAGUCGUGUUUUCCGAGUUUGGCGUAUCUAGAAAAGAACCUGGAUACAAUUUGACUUACCGUGACACCCUCAUAAGCACGGUGUACAAUACUCUUUUGGACUCGACCAAAAAAGGGGGCAGUGGAGGAGGUAGCCUAUUGUGGCAGGUCUUUCCUGAGGAGACAGAGCAUAUGGAUGAUGGAUAUGCCAUUGUUCUUUCCAAGUCACCUUCGAUGAAAAAUAUCAUAUCUGUUCACUCCAAGAGGCUAAGUACCUUCUGUUCUGUUCUUUCUGAGAGAUGCAAAUGGGGCUGCAAGAAAAGGCAUGCCUUCGAGAAGCCGGUUUAUCAUGAUGAGCUUUAA